AUGCUCAGAAGUGCUACUCAGGGUUACUUGAAAUCUGGUUUACGGGUUUGCGAACUUUCGACAAGUCUGGGCCGCACCAAUCGUCAUGGAAGACUGGCAAUGUCUACUUCAACUUCGCAGGACGAAAUGAAGCAUUUUGGCGAACUAGCCCCGUCAUGGUGGGAUUCCUCGGGCCCGCAACGCAUUCUGCAUAAAAUGAACCUAAAACGAAUGGACUUUAUACAAAAAACCCUUCAAAAACAGUAUCAAGCGGGUCCAGAAACGUAUGUGCCGGGAUUUAAUCACCAGGCGUUUUUGCCAAAACAAAUCUCCACAGCGAUCGAACAGGAAUUAGAUCAGGACAUAAGCGCGCAAUUGAAUGGUCAAAAGCUGCAAGUGCUGGAUGUUGGUUGCGGUGGAGGAAUUCUAGCCGAAUGCCUGGCUCGCCUGCCGUUCGUGUCAAAAGUGAAAGGCAUCGACCUGACACCAGAAUGCAUUAAAAUUGCCCAAUUGCAUGCCUCGAAGGACCCUGUUUUGGAAGGUAAGCUCAGCUAUGAUGUUCAACCGUUGGAAAAAGUGGAAGGCGUUUACGAUUUAGUAACGUGUCUUGAAAUGCUGGAGCAUGUGGACCAUCCUAGUGAAAUCCUGCGACACGCCUGGAAAAAAUUGAAAGUCGGUGGAACCCUCAUUGUGAGCACAAUCAACAGAGAUCCCGUGUCAUGGUUCACCACCAUCUUCAUGGCAGAGCAGGUCCUCAAACUGGUGCCUCGUGGCACGCACCACGUCUCCAAAUACAUAAACUCCGAAGAAAUCGUUGAAUGGUUCAAAGAUGAAUGCAAGGGUCAGCACGAGAUUUUGGACUGCAAGGGCGUAAUGUACGUACCGUUCAGCGGCUGGAUAGAGCAUGAUCACUCGGGAGUAGGCAAUUAUUUCAUGGCCAUCAAGAAAAUAGCCUAG